UUGGAAUGGAAUUGUCGAUUUCUCACAAAAACAGUAUUUCCUAGGAAAGCGAAGGCAGCACUAGCAACAUUCCGAUUACAACACGAGCAAUUCGAGUACAUCGAGUUAGAUGAACGUUCAGAUCUGCCCGUUGAUGGCAUUCAGGACGAAUUUCUGAAGAGAUUUGGCAGCAGAUCAGUUCCUAAGGUAUUUAUUGGCGGUCAGUUCAUAGGCGGUGGUGACGAUAUAGUUCGUCUAUUGCAUAGCGGAGAAUUGGAACCUCUGGUCCAAGCAGCACUUCACUAA